AUGCUGAUAGAACCUUCCUCUUUUCUAGGCCUUUAUGAGCGCCCAGUCACUUCUCCGAACCAGACUCUCGCUCCUGCUACUUGUCCACCUGGACCUGACCCCUGGUUUGAAGUUUGGCGGAGGAGAAUAUUUCCCUGUUUCCCUCAUCUAAAGCCUACUGCACCUAAGCACAACAACAGCAUUACGUCCACCGACUUCUACUUCACCACCCUUCUCCCGUUAUCUCCCCAGCGGCAGCCCAAAUCCUUGGGAAUGCCUUACACACCCCCAUCCCUUCGCUCUCCGGCCUCCUCGGCUCCACCAUCUCCAGACAUCACCCGGAGACCGUCUUUCAUCUCUGGCACGCUGCCGCCCAGACCUGCGCUGCCACGGUCCGCUUCGUACCUCACAAAGCACCGACGGACCCCUUCGGCCACUUCCCCGGUUGCUGAUGGAUCAACUCCGGAUAUAACCCCUCCAGGAACGUCGAGCAAUCUGAAGGGCAUGUCGACUACCCCACCCAGCGUCGUCAGGCAAUCUCCGCCCCCGAUUUCCGACUCGGAUUCAAUGCCUCCUGGGGCUAUCAGCACUCCUCCUGAAUCGUCUAGUGAAGAUGAAGGGACUGUGGAGCUGGAGAAGCGAGGGAGGCAGAUUGAGAAUAUGCAAGAGCUGAAGGAGGCCAUAAGUGGCAUACCACAACGUCGAGGAAGUUCGCCGAGUAGGACAUCACCUGGUGAUCUCCUGUUGCUGCCGUCACAGGCCGAGGGUCUCGUCGAGGAGCCGCGCAAGACGGUACUCAGUGCCGCUCUGCCGGCUCUCAACAUCGCAGCCCGCAAGGUCUCACAUUCAAGAUCGAAUACAGACUCCAACAUCUACUUGACGAAAUCGGCCGAGGUGUCGAUGACAACUUCAGACGAAGGUUCCGACCUAGACGACCCCCCGAAAAAGCCGCAGAUGGUACGGAAGAAGUCUGGCGAGCUGGUCCGACCAGCUUUGCGCCCUGCGUCGCUCAGACGCCCUUCGAGCAUGCCCGGGACACCCACUUUUGGAAAAGCUGUUCAUUUCGAUUCCCAUCUCGAGCAUGUUCGACACUUCCUUCAAGUCGAUCGGCCUCUGGCCGUGAGCGCAAAUUCUUCCCCUGCGGAAAACUACGAGAGCGACACAGAGUAUCCGUUCGGGGUCGAUGCAAACUCUGGAACACGUUCUCCACCCCAUGAAUGGGAAAUUGUCGUCAACAACUUUCCCCCCGAGACACCGAUUCGCAAAGCUUUGCCCGCUCGGGUCGAGAGGGUGUGGAUGUCGCCUGACCAGAAAUGUCUGAUAGGUUCCGUCGCGGUGGCCAAUCUGGCUUUCCAGAAGUCGGUGGUCUGCAGGUUUACGUUCGAUUACUGGAAAACGACCUCGGAAGUUGGCGCUGAAUUUCAUCAUGAGAUAAUCCCAAGGGAGACCGAGACUGGUUACGACAGGUUUCAGUUUAGCAUCAAACUGUCCGACCUUGCCAAUCUCGAGUCCAAGACGCUGUUCUUCUGCGUUCGUUACAUCGUCAACGGUCUCGAGUAUUGGGACAACAAUAACAACGUCAAUUUCCAAGUCGAUUUCCGCAAGAAGGUGUUGCCUCAGAAUGGCAAGAAGGGCUUACUGGGCGCUUCAUCACGACCGAUCAAUGCCCUGCCGCGCAGCCACCGCCGAUCUAACCCUUCGGCGACGCGGCGCCCCAAGUCAAUGCCUGCGGGCAUCAUGGACGAGUUUGGCCACGAUACGAAGCUUAUUGGCUUCGACCAGCCAAUUCACGAGUUCCUCGGCGAGUCUGGCCCGGCCCUACGUUUGAAGAGUUCCAAGUCGACAACCAGCAUCCCUAGUGACAAUCUCUCUACACGGCUGUUGGCACCUCGUGGUGAGGCGUUCUCGUACCGCUACGACUUUGGGAAAGCACUUGGUGCAACUAGGAAGGCCAACAAGGAGCCCAGCCCAGGGAGUGAUGGUCUCUACAUGAAACCUAAUAAGAAGGCUGAAGUUGCAUCUGCAACCAACCCACCUCCGACUCACGCAGCUGAUUCACAGGCGACAUCUGCUGCGCCCGAGCCCAAUGGAACGGAUUCCCCUGCUUCUGCCAGCAUAGCCACGUCCUCGUACGAAGAGAUCCUCAACAAGUAUUGCUUUUUCAAUGGUUCGAAGCAGUCUAGCCCACAGAUGAAGGACGGAACCUUGCCGAGUGGUCGAUACGAUGGCAUGGAUGAGGUUACGACUCACGGGACCAUCAGCUACACCUCGAGCUCCAAUGGCAGCCCCAACAUGGCCGAAAGGCCUCAUCGUGGAGCUGUACACCAUACCCUACACCAGAACUUGAACCCGUACUUUCAGAACGGAUACAUACCUGUGGCUAUUGGUGGCUCUCCCGCUGAGUCUCCACUACACAGCCCGCCUUCAGUAUCGCGUCAAUCUUUCAGCCCCUCGAGCUCUACCACGCCUACCGCUAGGUCGUCCUCUCCGGCGUCGAUGGCAGGCUACCUUCCCUUUGCUGGUACGUCCGCCGACCCAGCUCCAUACCACGUCCAGCAUCUCCAAGACCGUUUUCCGUUCAGGCCAGAUGCUCAUACUGCGACAGCGAUUAGAAGUUGA